AUGAAUUUGUUCAAGGUGGUAAUUGCAUUACACAUAGGUGGUGGUGUUGUUAGAUGUUCAGAUAUAGGAUUAGCAGGCCUGAUGCAUAACCUUCUACUAUCUACAAACGAUCAUGAUCCUUUUCUUAAUGACGAGACCUUGAAAAGUACUUUUCCAUUUCUCAAGUCAACCUGUGCAAAAAAUGCUCUGGAGGAAUUUCUACCGCUUUGUCUGACCUAUGGCUUAGAGUCUACUGAUUCCACUCUCAGGGUUGAAACUGCUGUAAAGUUAUCUCUCUGUGAGUUCAAAGACUCUGGUCUUGAAUCAAUUCCCGCUUCGUGUGAAUAUCGCACAUCAGAGUCUAUGAUGGAUUGCAUGAUUGAACUAGAAUCCAGCAGUCAAUGGUGGACGACUUAUAGUGGAAAUUAUCAGAGGCUUUCAAGCAUUUGCUAUGAGAAUUCGCUUCCUUAUGAAAAGGAGCAGAUAUUGAGACUCUUUUUGAAUAUCACAAGCGUCUAUGAAAAACUCAAUGAGAACUUGCCAUCAAAAUUGCAGCAUAUUUUAUCCCAACUCAACGAGGUUAAAGACAACUAUAUCCGUACCCAAAAUGAAAUGCUCAAGGAGAAUCUAAACAAUUUGAUGCAGGAUACUCAAAUGCAUAGGAAGGAGAUGAAGAAAGAAUUUGAUGAUGAGAAAGACGACAUGCGUGACCUUGUGUUACACAAUAAGGAUAUGUUUAUGUCUGAAAUUGAAAACAGAGACUCCCAAAUAUUAGAGAUCAUAGCUCACGUUCAGUCAAUGAUUAUAAAUGUUGAAACGCAACUCAUGCAUUCAGAUCUGCCAAAGAAGAUUGAGAAAGUCCGAAUAGAUGACUUAAGAAAGUGGGAGGAAUUGGAGGAGGUUUCGAGUAACAUUCUGAAAUCUUUUGUCAGGAACAAGGAACUAAUCAAUAGCGAAGUAUCUCAUACUAUUGAGAACAUCAGAGAAAGGAUGCUACAGGCGUCAUAUGAGCUUGAGUCUUCACAAUCACAUGCCGUGGAAGUCUUCAAAGACCACGAUGAUAUGAUUAGAAAUUAUCUGCUUCCUUCCUUGACUGAUACCGUUGUUGAAUUUAAAAGUACUGUCAUGAAUGAAUGGCAAGAAACAAGCAAUGUAAUGAAUGAGAAUAUUGCUACGUGGAAUAAGAAGAUUGCAACAGAUUUCAGUAAAAUAAUGCUGUGCUUGAACCAAACCGCUGAACGAGUAGCAGAUGUGAGCGGCCGAGUUGCAGACCUUGAGUAUAGCCUCAUCAAAUUUCUCAGAGCGCUGAGUCUUUUUUUUGGAAGUCUGAAGUUCAUAGUACACAUUGUCCGUCGUAUCAUAAUAAACAGGUUUUCUUGGGUUGCCCUAUGCGUUGGUUUUAUAAGCUACAAAUUUUAUAAGCUACUUUAUUAUUACAAUAGCAAAUUAACACUGACAAAACACACAAGGUUAGUAACACAAUGGAUGCUGAUACUCUUUGCUACAUAUAUAGGCUCGAAGUGUGGUGCAUUAAUAGCGCGUAUUCAGGAAUAA